CAAAGCAAGCAGCCAGCAAAGCAAGCAGCAACGGCGCCAUGCCCACUUCUCCGCCAACAGCAACGCGUCGUGUCGAGGAUAACGCGCACCAGCGCAGCAAACAAGAACAAGAAGAAACAGAAGAAGAAGAAGAAGAUCGCAAGCCCAAGAAGGCGUUCUCCUUCUUUGCGAGCGCAGACGACAUCGAUCUCACAGACUCUGACGAUUCGGAUACCGAUGACGAGGACGGUGAUCGCAAACGCACCAAGAAGGGAGACGAUGGGAGCGAUGAAGGAGACGAUGGUGGCGAACUGGCAGCGAAGAAGAGCAAAGCAGAGGCGCUGCCUUCGCUGGAUGACUUGCUCUCCGACAAGAAGCUGGCCAAGCCAACCUUCCUGGAGAACCAGCUCACCGCAAAGGAUGUCAAGACGUUUGACGCAAGGGAGCCCGAGGUGGCGCCCACACCGUGGGUGAAGCUGCCUGGGCAGGAGAAGUCUGCUGAACAAAAGGCAAAGCAAGAGCGGAAGCGGGCCGAGCAGCAGGCAAAGGCAGACGGCGUGGCACUGGAAGUCAUGGCUGCAGCCCACGCUUUCAGCUCUAUGUACAAAUCUGACACGGACAAGCCCGCGCCGUCGCGACCGGCACCGCCGCGUGCGCAGUCAGCGGACAGCGCCAAGGAAGACUCAAGCAAGACCUUCAAGGCAAAGGAGAAGAGGAAACGCGACAUUGGACAAGCAAACCUUCACGGGAGGCUGUCACAGAUUCAUCAGUUACAGGAGAGAAGAAGCAAACUCAACAUCCACAAGUAA